CCAUCCUCAUUCCAAGGGAAAGAGGGCAGAGGUGCCUUCUGAAGACACUCCUGCUCUCUCCCACCCCCACCUCACAGAUGCAGUAAGAAGCCUCAGGGAGACAGGUUAAACAACUUGCCUGAAAUGGUGGCAGCACUCAGCUUCUCCACCCCCUGCCCUGCCCACCAGGUGAGCAAUGGCAGGCGCCGGUGAGCGCAAAGGCAAGAAGGAUGACAAUGGCAUCGGCACCGCCAUUGAUUUUGUGCUCUCCAAUGCCCGGCUGGUGCUGGGGGUGGGUGGAGCAGCCAUGCUGGGCAUCGCUACACUGGCAGUUAAGCGGAUGUACGAUAGGGCCAUCAGCGCCCCUACCAGCCCCACCCGCCUGAGCCAUUCCGGGAAAAGGAGCUGGGAGGAACCAAACUGGAUGGGCUCCCCGCGACUGCUGAAUAAGGACAUGAAGACAGGCCUGAGCCGCUCCCUGCAGACCCUUCCCACAGACUCCUCGGCCUUCGACACAGAUACAUUCUGCCCACCCCGGCCCAAGCCAUUGGCCAGGAAGGGCCAGGUAGACUUGAAGAAGUCACGACUCCGCAUGUCCCUGCAGGAGAAACUUCUUUCUUACUACCGGAACCGGGCCGCCAUCCCUGCCGGUGAGCAGGCUCGGGCCAAGCAAGCUGCCGUGGACAUAUGUGCCGAGCUCCGGGGCUUCCUGCGGGCCAAGCUGCCUGACAUGCCACUUCGGGACAUGUACCUGAGUGGCAGCCUCUAUGAUGACCUGCAGGUGGUGACAGCCGACCACAUCCAACUCAUCGUGCCCCUUGUGCUGGAGCAGAACCUGUGGUCGUGUAUCCCUGGCGAGGACACCAUCAUGAAUGUCCCUGGCUUCUUCCUGGUUCGUCGAGAGAACCCAGAGUAUUUUCCUCGUGGUAGCAGUUACUGGGACCGCUGUGUAGUAGGGGGCUACCUCUCCCCAAAGACAGUGGCGGACACGUUUGAGAAGGUCGUGGCUGGCUCCAUCAAUUGGCCAGCCAUAGGGUCCCUCUUGGACUAUGUGAUCCGACCGGCGCCACUCCCAGAGGCCCUGACUUUGGAAGUGCAGUAUGAGCGUGACAAACAUCUCGUCAUUGACUUCCUGCCAUCAGUGACCCUCGGUGACACUGUCUUGGUGGCCAGACCACACCGGCUAGCCCAGUAUGACAACCUGUGGCGGCUGAGCCUGCGUCCUGCUGAGACGGCACGGCUGCGGGCUUUGGACCAGGCCGACUUGGGCUGCCGCUCUCUUUGCCUCAAGAUCCUCAAGGCCAUAUGCAAGUCUACUCCGGCCCUGGGCCACCUCACUGCCAGCCAGCUCACCAACGUCAUCCUCCACUUGGCCCAGGAGGAGGCUGACUGGUCUCCAGAUAUGCUGGCUGACCGCUUCCUGCAGGCCUUGAGGGAACUUAUCAGGUACCUAGAGGCCGGAGUGCUGCCCAGUGCCCUAAACCCCAAGGUGAACUUAUUUGCAGAGCUCACGCCUGAAGAAAUAGACGAGUUAGGGUACACACUCUAUUGCUCAUUGUCUGAGCCGGAGGUGCUGCUGCAGACGUAGGGCAGCUGAAGGCCAGAGUGGGGGUUAGGUGGUCAGGCCCCGGCUUCUCCUCCGUUAGAAACACUUGGCUCCAUAGUUGGUGCCUCACUGGGUCCCUAGGUGCCUCCUGUCUUGCUGGUCACCGCCCUGGUCACUUCAUGCUGAUUAGAAUGACAUCUCUUAAUCUAUUUUCUCAAACCCAACCCUUUCUAUUUUUGUUACCAAACACUGUGCUCCCUACUCCUCUCCUCCCUCUGUCCCAAGCUGACUUUUCUGGAAUGAAUUGAAAGGUGGAGCGCUAGCCUGGGCUGUCGAGACCACUUGGUGUUUUGCAUGUGGCCCCCGUUUUCUCUGCCUUGCCUUUUGACCUGUUCCUCUUGGUGUCUUUUCUAUGUUUUCCUCUUGUUCACACCUUUUGUUUUGCUCCUUUCCCGGGAGCACACCUGCCCAAUCAAGAUGUUGCCUUUUAGUUGAAUGUUACUGAAGCUAUGAUUGCCUGUUUCCAGGCUCAACUCUGCACAGAGCACUCAGACAGUAUUUAGGGUUUCUGGGGGGUAAAGGGGAGGAGCUGGCCUUUGCCCCGGUUUCCUGGAAAAGACGCCCAUUCCCCCGCGUCCUGACCAAGUGCUGAGAAGGCCUUUCAUGGGAACACUGAUUCAGCCACACAGGACGGAGGGCUCACGAUAAACUGGAUGCAAAGUGAUUUGGAGAUUGUGUUUCUUAGUGGCCAUCAGUGAGUGCAGAGUGGGGGAACUAGGGGUGGUAAAGGGGGCCUGGGAGAGGGUCAAUGUGCCUGAUGUCUACACCCCAUCCAGGCUGGUCCCAGCCAAAGCCACUGGGUGCCGGAUUCACAAGGGCGGGAAGGGGCUGCAAAGGCAGCACCUCUGCAGGAGUGCUCAUCUGCCCCCUUCCUUGACUUAAUUGCCAAUUAGGGCGAGGCCUUCAAGGACACAGCCCUAACGGUCUAGGUUCAAGGGAGGUGACAGGGAGGUGACAGGCGGCUGAAGAUCAGCUAGAAAAUCCAGUCACCAGUUGGGUGUCGGUGACACGUUUCUUCCCUGUCAGGCCAUGUCUUUCUAGGAUGUUGCCUUAGAGCAAGAACAGGCCGAGCAGUCUGCCAUAGGAAUGUGAGAGGGCUGUUCGCUGAACUCUGCAGGCACCUCCAGAGGCCAAGGGCAAGCAAACAUGUACAGACACUCCCCUCCCCCGCCAAUCACCCAGCAGCUAGGGAGAUCGGUGCUACCUAGGAAGAGAGCACAUGGAUAAAACACAUAUGAGAGGGAGGUGGGGAUUUCCUACGUUCCUUCCUGUUUCCUGCUGCUAAAAUUGCACUAUUUAUUGCAAUGUAAAAAGUAUCCUGAGGGUGGGGAGGAGUGUUUAAUACACAGUGCCACUGCAUCUUCUUGUUUUGUGUUUUUUUUUCCUGUUUGUGGCAAGAGCCUGAUGAUAAUUCUGUUUCUUAUCUGCCCACCCAGUGUUUUGUUCUCCUCCCAUCAAGUCUUAAUUUUUCUAUUCUUACUACCUCUCCAUCACUGAGAUUCUGGCGAAGCUCUUUGCAGCUGUCUCAUUCCUUCCCAACGACAGUGACAUGAAAUGACUCUUUAAAUAGAACUGAAACCUCAGCUGCCCUCUAGGAAUUUAGGGUAGAGAUUCCUGUCCUUUUGUCAUGGAUUAGGAGGCUGAGAACUAGGGUUAACCUUGGCUAUGUUUGGGGAGUCUUCCUGCCUCUUCUGUGUCUGCAAGGGUUUCUUAAAGUGCUUCAGUUGUUCCAUUUGUAGGAAGGUACUGAGAGAGAAUGAAAAAUAUAAAGCUCAGGACCCUGAGAAAGAUGCUCCACCCUGGCUGUUCAUCAGAAUCAAAUUGGAGUUUGAAAAUCUCUGUAUGCCCGAGUGCUGCCCUGGGUGAGUGGUGUAGAGGGUACGGGGUGGAGCGUGGCAUGGCAUCCAGUAGAGGGGAGGGACGGGCAGGCUGAGAAAGUGUUGCAAAAGCAUGGGUUAUUCUUCACUGACAUAAAGGGUUUGGCUUUCCCAGUGUAUUAUAAAACCUGCAAUUUUCCCCAAGCUGGUGUCUCCAGCCACAUUCCAUAUAAAACAUUGGCGAGCUCAAAAAGGAAAAGACUUGAAAGAUCAAGUCCCAAAUUAUCAAAGCCAAGUGUAAUUGUGAUUUGAGUUUAUCUCCUCUUAAAGAACAUCUUUCUAAGGGCCUCCCUGUCUCUUAGCUAUGUUUCACAAAACCAAAAACCAUAACUUUGCCAUGUCAUAAGCAAGAACCUCUUAGAAGUCCUCAGAACUAGAAGCAGCGGGAAUUCCCGGCCCUGGUCCAGGUGGUUUUGCUGACCGACUGGGCCGGCCUGAUCGUAAAACAUGGAAAAUGGUUAAGUGCUUUGAGAGUCUUAGAUGGAAGAGGGCAACAUUCUGCCCCCUGCCCCCAAUCUUUGGAGAAAGAUGUAAUGCCUUUCCCCUCCAUUCUGCCCUUCUACUCAGUAACUCACCUUUCCUGAAGUAAUAGCAUCUGGUCCUACUUCUCCAUCUGGAAUAUUUUUUGCACCAUCUAGGUUAGCAAAUCACUUAGCCUAAUGCUUAAAAAAUAUACUUAUCAUCUUGAAAACCUAAUCAAUUCCAAAGUGUAUUUUGGUUCUCCCUGUCGCCCCUUCCUAAAAAUGACUUCAGGACAACAGUAUUUUUCUUUAUACACUUGGUAUAAAGUGACUUUUUUUCCCUCCCCCCAAAUAAAAUAAUAGAAGCUCAUGUUUGGAAAAGCUGUGUUGAGGCCAUAGUCUUUCCUCAUGGGUCUCUGCCCCUGCUGGUCCACCGGUUCACAUUCCCAAUUAGCUCAGUUUGCUCCCUUGUACUCCACUCAAGUUGAGAGCUCAAAUGGUUUUGAUGAGGAAUCAGCUUCAGCAUCAAAAGGCCCCGGAGAGGCCCCAGCGGGUUUCUGUAAGUAGGGAUUCCUGCAUGUGUCCAGUGUCCUCUGCCGUGGUACAUCUUCCUUGAGAUGAUGACCCUGGCUGAGAAUGUCUGCUCUCACAGGCUUUGUUAGAACUCUCCCUUACCUGCUGAAGCUCAAGGCCAAAGAGAAUGGUAAGAGGUAUUUAGGACUAGAGCCGUGAGGCUGUAGCCCUGUUAGACACUGCUGAUUCUAAGUGGCCAAAAUACCAGACGUGGGUUCUGGAGUUAGCUGCAUACAGUGUGGUGUUUACCUUUUCAUUUUGAUUACCUUUUAGUCUUUAAAUUCCUAGUCCCUGAGGUCAAGUCCACAACUUACCUUCUAGUCACUCGCCUGCCCUUCAGUAGCAGUUGAUAUGUUUGGCUGGUAGGUUUGGAAUCAGUCGCCAGUCUCUCUGUCCUGUCUUGGUUAGCUCCAUAGAGAAGCAGCUUAGUCCUGAGACCCAGAGAACUGCUGUCCUUUUUCUCCGUGAGGGAGGAAAUGAAGCUGGGGAACCUGAUGUCCUUCCACGGCAUGGGAGGAAGAAAAUAAAAGUCUCCUUUCCA